GUGGAAAUCAUAAAAUGUUGUGAGCUUGCGUUGCCCUUCACUUGAGUUCUACUUCGAUUUUUUAUGACAAUAAUAUUGUGAUAAACCCAAAAAAUUAUUUGAAUUAAUUCAAAUGCCAUAGUUUUGUUUUUAAAAUGAGGAGCAGUAGUUCGGAACUGCUCCUAGAUCAACAAGAGGAGCUCCGUAGACAAAAAAUUAAGGAAUUAGCUGCCGCCAAAAAAUCAAAAAUUGCAGCCGGAAGGUCAUGUAGAGAACAAGCAAUAUUUUAUUCAACAAGCAUUUUAGCAGUACUAGCAAUGUCAGCCGGAUCAUCUUUGUUAUUUUUGGUACCGUUAUACGUAGACCCAGCAAUUUCAACGCUGGCAUCAAAUUUUGUUACUCAACCUGUAACGUGUGUAACGACGAGAAUAGAAGAACUUACAGGAUUAGCGAAUUGUUCUUGGAGCUCCUGCCGGGAGGGGUGUACUAGCGAUGCUUACCAUUGUACGCACAUUUACGUAAGCUACAACGAAACUAAGGAUGAACCACAUAAUCAAACAGAUGAUGCCGUUUUAUUAGUAAAUAUAAAAGGAUGUGGGUAUCCUCCAACUGUAUUAUGUUUGAAUUUUACUGAAACUUAUGGAGUAGAAGGUACGGAGUUUCCUUGUUAUCAUUCCAAAGAGAAUCGUACAGUAGUUUUAACUCACUAUGAAAGAGAUGAACAAAUUGCAAUUAUAGUCCAUUAUUUUGCUGUACCGUUUGUAAUAACUUUAGCCACAUCAGUGGCGCUUUGUGUAAUGCACUGUGACUGCCGAUGUCAUCCUACGACUCAUCAUAAAAGACCCAGACGUCCUCGUAUUCAAGAUUUAAGUGAUGGUUCUAUAAAUAUAGGCGUUGAUCUUCGACACAACACCAGCUACCAUUCUGAUUUAGUAGCUAUUAGGCCAACGUAAUACGAAAAUAUCUUGGGGAACCGCUACGGGAUUUACAUAAAUAUAGAAUACAUGUGUAUUGUAUAUAAAUAUGUCUGUGUUUAAUUAGAGAAUUUAUUAAAUGAUUGCAUAAAAUGGAAGCAAAACGAUCUCAAAAUAGAAAUACAUCUGAUUAUUGUUUGUCUGAUAUAUAUAUUAUAUUAAAUAUAUUACCUA